AUGGGAAAACUUCAUUUUAGUAAAGAAAACAGCGACGAUGAAUUUGGUAUAAAUAAUAAAUUUAAAAGUCUUCAUUGUUGUUCACACGGAUAUCGAAGUAUCGAAUGGUUUAAAGAUGGCCAACCUUAUCCUUGGUCAACAAAUGUGUCGACAUUAAUAAUUCAUCCAGAAUCGAGAAAUCAAACGAUUUAUUCUCAACAAUUGACAUUUGACGAUUCUGGAAAGUAUAAAUGCGUCGUCAGAAACGACACCCACGUUCUUCAACAUGAAGUUCAACUUGAAGUUUCCGGUCCGUCGAUAUCAAUCGGUUGGCCUAAAACAACGUACAAGCCGAGAGAUCAAAAAGCCAAUCAUGGAGAUUUUGCAAGAUUUUAUUGUGAAGCUUUCGUAGUAAAACGUAAACAAGGUCGUCCUUGGUGGAAAAAACGUGACCAUGAAAAUUUUCACAAAAUUGAAAUUUUAAAACUGGCGUCCUUGUUACGAAAUCCUUUGGGAAAAAAUAACACGAAGAAAUCAUUUAUCGAUAACGUGAGCGUCGUUCAAGAAAACAUUUCCAGGGAAGAAAAAAGGGUUAUUGGAUCUUAUUUGAGUUUUACGUCAGUUAGACCUCAAGAUUAUGGACAAUACAAAUGUAAAGUUAAAAAUCUUGAAGGUCAGGUAGUGGAAUUAAGCGCUUGGCUGAAAAAGAAAAAAAAAGACGAAAACGUUGAUGAAGACAUUCCAGUGUAUGUGACUUCAUCUGGAAAAAUUCCCAUCGCCAUUUGCGAAUUUUACGUCAUCGUUUUAUUCCUUUUUUUUUCUGCUGUUGCAUCCACGAUAACUUUCCUGUAUUUCGGUUCCCGUUUUAGACUCUGGAGCAAAAGAAUUUUCUCUUCAUCUUUAACUAAUCAAGAGGAUAAAAAAGAUUUGUUGAUUAUUUAUAACGAAAAGGACGUCGGAAACGGAUUGGAUAAUUUAUUAUCAACGAUAAAAACGAAUAAAAAUCGUUAUUCGUGUUCUUUUCAUCCUAUUCGUAACCGAUUAGAAAUAGGUAUGGAUUACAACUAUUUUUCUUUGUUUUGGGGACUCCUCGUGAUUAUGACACCAGAAUUAACAGGAGGUUCUCUCACACCAAAAACAAUUUACAACACGAUACAAUUUUUACAAAAAGUUCAUUUUACAAUCGUUUGGUUUACCAAAUGCAAAUGA